AUGAGCUGCUGCUGUGUAGUAUUUGGCCGAGCAAUUUCUUUUCGUCAAGUUUAUCUAUUGGUCUUGUUACCGUUGUUCUGCUUGCUAGGACGAACCUCUGGCACGGUUCUAGCUGAGAGUCGGCUGGUAAUUUGCUCACAGGACGGAACAGUGGACUAUUCGUCUGAUCCGACGGGACAAGCACAGCCUACCGAUAGCCUGAGAACAUGCAACACUAAAAUUAUUCUUGCUCUUGCCCUUCGGGGAGGUCAGAACGGUACUGAGACAGUUCGAGCCGAGGUAAAGGAGGUUAUCAAUGGCACACGAAAAGAGACUCUCAAGCAGCCGCUUCGCAUCAUUCUGCGCAAGAGCGAGGUGGAGGUGCGCUACAACAUCUUCUACCAGGGGUCAGCCUGGAAUGCUCCGUCUGAGCAGGUCGUCCGAAGAGACCACCAGAAAAUUGGCUUCAUCGUUAAUAGCCCCUGCCUGGACGGCUACUGGGAGGAUGAGAACAGGGUGGCGUGUGGUUUCCGCUUCACGAAUCACAACGGCCGGCGUCAGCGCAUCAUGUACAGCCAGGGCUACUGUUGCAAGUGCACUGCGAGUGAACAGAGGGGUGACCAGCAGUAUGACCGUGCAAGAGACCUGGUCAAGUGCGCCGUGUUUGGACUGGGUCAGGCCGCGGCACACUGCUUUGACCCGGACGGGGAGGACCAGCUGAAAUACGAUGUGUUUGAUGUUGGGCCUCCGUUUCUCGUGUUUACUAUCACGCUGGAUGUGGAGGUGAAAGUGGAUGCUGCACAGGGCGGUGGUUGGGCGCCUUUGUCCAAGAUCACGCUCUCGCCAUCAUCACCGGUCGGCAGGGCUGGAAAUGGUCGGGUGCUAGCUGAAUUUCUCGGCGACUUGCUAGUGCCGCAGUCGUUCUAUGAUCUGUCCUACAAAGCAUACCUUGCUCCCCACUAUGAAGACAAGUUCAAGGAUCAUCUUCAAGUAAAGGGUGGACCUAAAGAGCACAUGUUUGUGGACAAGACAUUUGUGGACCUGAGUGGCUUGACCUGCGACUCCAUAGGAGUAUCAUAUCAAGGAUUUUAUAAGCAGCCCGGUCGCUGUUUUAAGCCGUUUGGAAGUUGCCUGGACAACCAGCCCAGCACGUUCUGGAAGAAGGACAAAGAGCGGCAAAGACGGGGGUUACCUCCAUUGUACUUCUCCUCCAGAGUUGGACAGCUGUCCAACAAAAACCGGCCCAUCUCACCUACGUCGCGCUUGCUAUCGUACAAGUUUGACCUUCGACAUCAGAGCCUGGUUCGGCUGGAGUUGGAUGCUGACAGCAUUAGCUUUGUCUCGAAUGUGGGUCCCGGUGUGAUCGAGAGAGUAAGCAUUCCAGACUUUGAAGCACUUACCAGCCAUGGAAACCUUUCUGUUGUAAUUCGCAACACUGGUGAUAUCACCACAGACUACACGAUUAUUACUGCAAACUGUGGUCUACGUAUUGCUGAAGUGCCAGCCAAAAGCCUGACGCUUGAGCCAGGCCAGUCUGGAACACGGCUAUUCAUGAUCUUCACACACGACCCUCGCGGAAAUGACUACCAGUGUCGGGUUGAGCUAUACAACCAGAUUAAUGAACUCAUUGACUCCAAAAAAGUGUCUUUCAAAACACGGGACACGUGCUUCUGCUUGGGAGUCUGCGGUUGUACAUGUUGGGAUCGUGGGGUGAAGUGCCCUACGUUCACGCCUCCGAGGAAGAAGGGUUUCUUCGAGCGUCUGUACGAUCGCUUCAUCGCCUUCUUCAGUGGCAAAUACGGCCCGCUCAUUGCUGUGGGUAUCGUGCUAGGCCUAGGCUUGGUCCGGUCGGCCAUCACUCAGCUUGGCGUGUUCCGCCUGAACAAGAAUGUAGCAGUGGAGAAUGAGGAAGACGAGGCUGUGCGUCUGAAUCGAUUACUACACUUGGAUAUGAGUGGCAGUCCAGCUGUGGAAGAAGAGCCGGGCCCUACACGGCGUCAAAAGGUGAUCAGCGGAGCAAGCUCGAUUCUAUUCUUCUUUUACGCGCCCAUUCUGUUUGUGUUGCGACUACUACUGGCUAUAGUUCUUGCAGUGAAGAAUGCCGUCAUUAAAACCUGGGAGCUCAUCCAAUGGCUACACGUGGCCUGGCGCAGGUACCAAUCUCGGCGACUUGCCAGGCGAAUAGCAAGCCACUCGUCCAUGUUGCUGGACAGAUCACGCGAAUCAGUGCCACUGCGGCAGUUGGAUGCCACUGGUCCACCGGCGCAGCACUCCACGGAUGUGGUACCUAUAUCAGGAGUACUGGCGGACACUGAUUUGGCACAUUUAGAUGCUGGUGACAAUCCCGACGACACGGUGUUAACUGCACGCGGCCAGAGUAGCGAGCAGCAAGCCAAUGUUGCUCAAAAGGACUCGGUGCCUAGUCCAGCUGCCCCGUUGCUUGCGAAGUCUAACGAUAGCCUCCAGCAGACGGCUGACGAGCAGUCCAAUGCUAUCGACGGCUCCUUCAGCCCUGAGAACAUAGUGGUCUCACAGGGCGGUGACCAUCGUGCAGACACAGCUGCUGUUGCUAGCGAGGAGCACGCACAUCAACAGCAUAGAUAUUCAGAUCAGACAGUUCAAGACAAUGAUAUCAAGGAUGCACCCAGUCCAGCUACCCCACCGCAUCCAGAACUACUCAAUCGCCUCCAGAAGGCUGACAAGCCGCUCAGUGCGAUUGACAGCUCCCGUGGAAAUGAGGACUUGGUGGUUUCGCAUGACCACGGGCACAAUUCAGACACAGCUGAAGUUAAUUUUGCUAGCAAGGAUCAUGCACAUCAGCAGUCUAGUGAAAGUCAAGCAAUCCAAGAUAAUGAUGUCAAUGAUGAUGUCAUUGCCAGCCGCCACUUUGAACACAAUGAUGUCAAUGCACAUGUUGUACCAGAACUGACUAGUCAAGAUGCACUGGAGACUCCGGAAGAACAACCUGCUAGGGUGCGUGGUGAAAGGCCUGCUAACACUGGGUCAAAGUCAGAUACCGGAUCCCAUGAAGAAAUUGAAUAUGAUGCCCAUCUGCAUAGUCAGGCUAGCAUGACCAGCGCAGGUGACUAUAGUGAACUGGAUCUAUGCAUGGAGGAGGAGAGUUUUUUGUAAAAAUCCAACAGCCGAAUGGUACCGUUCACAGUUUAUUGGAUCUACCAAGUGAUAAAGAUUAGCAUGUUGCAGGCCAACUUGAAACACCAAAUGAUCCGGUAGUUGUUGAUACACCAUCUGGAGCCAGAAUGCAGUGGAGAGAAAGAUUGAUCUACGUGUUUAUACAGGUUCUGGUGGUAGAUACAGAGCUAAGCUACAGCUGUGUGCAUCACAGUCUUCCCGGUUACAAUGUUACAUCUGAGCCACAGCCUGGUGUUGUGUAGUGCUAUAUCCUGGUGACCAAGCUACAUCACACUUAAAACACUUUCAAGUGGAUGGUCAAUAGACUGAUCAUGAUAUCUGAGAACAUCGACCAGUGAGUGAGUGGCAGCCGGGACCACUCUCCUGAUAGCAACACACGGUGUACAGAAGUCACUUCGUGCCAUCCUUCCCCUAAACAAGUCUUCAGCUGACGUUGCAAACACGUAUGGUACCAUUGAUUACGCAAUGCUGAUGAGCCGGUGUCCACUAUGGCUUGCUGGCGAGCAUAGUACAGGAUCAUGUCAACACAGUCACUCACAUUG